GCGAUUGAAUGAGAUAGAUAGAUAGCCUACGACUCAUACCAGCUACGAUACACGAGCAAAAACGGCUCGGCAAUGACUCCAACUAGACGAGGACCUAUGAAGUAAACAGCUCGGCUGUGUAUAAAUAGUUAUAGAUUGAGCUAAAGCGAUAGCUAACGAGUGCGUUUAAAGCAGCUCCAUCGAAUUAACACUUUAUUUUGAUAGACUUUGACAAGAAAAUUGCUGGCAAUUGAUAUCUUUCUCUCUUUGUGUUUCAAGACCUGUGAAAUCAUGCCAAAAGCAUGUUACUACAGCAGCAAGAAAAAAGAUAAACAAAAAAUAAAAAAUCAUUAGCGCAACCCUCAGUUACUACAGGUGUUUUAAUCGUAUAAUAAAUUAAAUUUAAACUCGCAUGAAUCACAAUUUCAAAAACUGAGCUUAACUUGAAAAAUUUCGCCAAAACACGUCACAAAAGCAAAGGCAAAAGCAAAAGCAAAAUAAAACUAAAAACAAAUCGAAGACAAAGUCGAGCCAAUGAUCUAAGAAAUGUAAAUUGCAAAAUAUACAAUGAACCUGCUCGAAUAUACCAAGUAUAAAAAACUCACAACACGACUCAAUUUGUCACUCAACCUGUUUUCAUACUAAAUUCAUAUAUAUGUAUCUGUGCACUUGUCACCUGUCUCUAAGGGGUAGAGCCCAAAAACCAGUUCCAAGAAUUAAUGCACUUAUUCCAGGGAUUUUGUUUACGUUCACGACGAUAUAGUGAUACGACUAAUGUAUAUAUAUAGCCAGCUGAUAUCGAUAAAAUAUAAAAAAGCAAAACGACAACAAAAAGCAGCGCCAUCCAAGUGCUUGUCUAACACUGAGCACAGAUAACUCGCGAAUCGCUGCCGUUUGAGUCAGAGAGUCUUUGUAUCUGUCUCUCUCUCUCUCUCUCUCCCUCUCUCUCCCACUCUCGUACAGACACACUUCGUAUGUCGCUCUCUGUCUGCUCAAGUCGGGCUUUCAGCUGGGUUGACGGGCUGGCUGCAUUGAUCGUUGAUUUGUAUUAUAUAGCUGGGUUAUGCGCUCUGUGCACAUCAUUUAGUAACGAAUCUGAACCCAAACGCAACGAAUACAUUUUCGAAACGGAACAAGAAGCGUUCGCGCGGGUUUUCUUGGACUAACAGUGAAUACAACCGUGUACACAUAGAUACAUAGCAACAAUGUUUCAAAAAAGGAUUAUUGAACUGUUCACACUGCUCUUCUAUUGGAUGGUUAUUACGCCAGCCAUCUAUCAAUAUUGCAAGACACAAAAUUGGAUACGCUGGGAUCUCAACAUUCCAUUUCAAUCGUUCUCGGAUCACGCCACCUUCGCGCUCUGCCUGCUCGCUGGCUACGUGACCUUUUAUCGGAUUGUGAUCUUCAUCUAUAUGAAGCUGAAAGUCUGUGAUGUGAAGAUGUGGCAUAAGCUGAAGAAGACCCAAGAGGAUCCCGAAUCGCAGCUCAAGGAUAAGUCACACUAUCAGGCCGUAUCCACGGAGAACAUCGAUACGGUUGAUGGCCCCGUCGCAGUCAAGGAUCAAACGCCAAAGGUCAUACGCACGAUUAGUCAUCCGCUGCUCGUGGAAAGCGAUUUGGCACGCAUACACAUCAAGCACGAGACGCGGCCGCUGCGCAGCGCCACGUUGCCCCAUCCGCAUCUGCGGCAGCCACAGCAGCCCAUCUCCAGCCCCACGCCCAGCCUGAGGUGCGCUCCGCCCGUGCCUUCGACGCCGCCCCGCACCCCUGGGCUGGCCCGCAAGCUGAGCCACGGCAUCAUCAUGUCGCCCGACGUCCUGAUGGGCACCUCCCAGCAGAUCAGACCCAAGAUAUAAUAUGGAGAAGCUGGAGGAGCGAAAUGUAGCUCGCAUCAAGUAUUAGCAUUAGCCAAAGAACCAAAGACCAACCCAAGUUUAGGACAAUUAUUUACGUAGAUGUGCGAAAUCCGAUUGUUUUCUUUUUCGAGUCGAGAUCGACAUUGUUUAUUGAUCAGUUAUUCCGAUCCUUUCAAUUUGGCAAUGAAAAGUUCAAUCAGUUCACUAGAAUGUCUAGUAUAUGAACUACUAUGACGAUAUAGAUAGGACAAGAGUCCCGUUCACUCAAUUCAAGUCAUCUAAAUGACGCGAAGCAACUCUAAUGUUAGCUGUUCCUGUAACAGGAAUAGAUCAUUUAGUGAAAUCUUAAAGCAAUGUAAACAAAUAUUUUAUGUUUUCUUCAUAUUUUAAUAUUAGCUAGCGAAUACGAAUACGAAUAGUUUUUGCGAGUCAUGUUUGAAAAGUAAUUGCAUAGAUAUAUAUUUAUUACCUAGUUCUAAGUUCAGAAAGCAAUUAAAUUGUUGGCUGCUUAUCCAUUGAAAUAUUUAUAUAUACAUAUAUCGUAUGUUAUGUUAUAUAAAGAGAUAUACUCCAUAAUAAAAGAAUGUUCACGAUUCAAAGUUACUCAAGUAGUUAUAUUUUCUUAUAUGGUGGGGAAACAGAAAUGGCUUUUACAAUCGAUAAGUAUGGAAUCAUAUUCCCUAAUGGCUUAUAAGAAUUAUUUUUAAGCAAAAGUGAGUACGACUAAAUCUGUGACAUCGAUACAAUAAAAAUGUUUACGUCCAGCUCUUAUGCUAAUGGUGCCCUUGGAGUUGAACUCAACAUCGAGCUGCUAUUAUAAAAUAUAUUUAUUAAACUAAAAAUAACAAGUUACGUAAAGCAGCAUUCUAUACAACCACAUGAUUUCUUUGAUGGUAAUACUCCGUCUGGAACUAUUAUAUAUGCCCGUUCGAAGUGAGUAUCGUUGAAGAAAUUCAGUUCGUGACAUUCGCUCAAAGCAAAGCAAGUGCCAAACAUGUUUGA